AUGUCAAAACUCGACAACAAGGCGUCGUUGGACGACGAGAAGAGAGAGGUGCUCGACGACGUGGCGCUCGAGAAAGCAGCAGAGAGCUAUCCCGACCACCUGCAAACGUACCUCCGGGCGGGAUUGUCGAGGGACGAUGCAGAGUUUAUGCACGGCAUCUCGAAGAAGGAACAGGAUAAGAUCUUCCACAAGGUGGAUUGGAGACUGUGUCCCAUGCUCGCUGUGCUUUAUUUGAUUUCACAUCUUGAUAGGGCGAACAUCGGAAAUGCGAAGAUCGAGGGUCUAGAAGAGACGCUUAACAUGAGCGGGAAUGACUAUAAUGUCGCUCUCAUGGUGUUCUUCGUGCCAUACGUGCUCUGCGAAGUGCCAUCGAACAUGAUCCUUGCCAAGUUCAAACGGCCGUCGUACUACAUGGGAAUUUUGAUCCUAUGUUGGGGGACAGUUAUGACACUCAUGGGCGUUGUGCAAAACUUCGGCGGACUCUGUGCGACAAGGUUUUUCCUGGGCCUCUUUGAGGCGGGGUUCUUCCCCGGUGCCAUCUAUCUUGUAGGGCAGUGGUAUCCUCCGGAUCGUACGCAGUUUCGGAUGGCCCUUUUCUAUUGCGCUUCUGCAGCGUCUGGUGCGUUCUCUGGGCUACUUGCAGCUGCUAUUGCAAAGAUGGGCGGAACUGCUGGCUACGAGAGCUGGAGAUGGAUCUUUAUCAUCGAGGGCAUUGCCACCGUCGCAAUGGGCGCGGCAGUGUUCUUCCUCCUGCCGGACAGCCCUGACUACGCAGCCGGGCGCUGGCUCACUCACGAUGAUGCGCGGUUCCUCAACCUAUCCCAUAUCGUGACGCGAGGCGUGCAGAAAAAGACAGUCAAUGCCGAGGGCAAGAAGACCAAGUUCCAGUGGAACAUUCUCUGGUCGGUUCUUAAGGAUUGGCAAAUCUACCUCCAAGCUAUGGUUUUUGCCUCGAAUGCGGUCCCCAAUUAUGGGUUGAAGUUUACGAUGCCACAGAUUCUCAAGAACAUGGGCUACACAUCGACCAACGCCCAACUCCUCACCGCGCCGCCAUACGCCUGCGGUGCCAUCUCCGCACUCGUAUCGUCGCUGCUGGCCGAUCGAUUUACAUGGAGAAUGCCGUUCAUCGUCAGCGCACAAGGCUUGCUGAUCGUCGCGUAUGCCAUCCUCUUCGCGAAGGCAGAACACAUAAAGGACAACGUGGGCCUGUGCUACUUCGCCGUGCAUGUGGCGUGCGUGGGCAUCUACCCCAUCCUCCCGGGAUGCAAUGCCUGGACCAUCAACAAUCUCGCCGGCCCUGCAAAGCGUGCCAUGGGAAUCGCGAUGAUGAUUUGCAUAGGAAAUCUCGGGGGUAUCGUGGGCUCGUUCAUCUACCAGGAGAAGGAGGCGCCAAAGUACCCGACUGGAUUCGGUUCGUCGCUUUCCUUCGCUGCGGCGGGCAUGGUGUGCGCACUCACGCUGGAGUUCCUCUUCUGGAGGAUCAAUAACAGGAAUGCGGAGAAGACGGAGGAGGAGUGGAGGGCGAUUUACUCCGAGGAGCAGCUUGACAAGAUGGGAGAUCGCAGCCCGUUGUUCAAGUACUCGUUAUGA